AUGCCGCAUCUAAAUACCGCAAUAGACAAAAUUUGGGAGGCGGUGAUCUUAAUGGAAGACAUACCAGAACCACCAAAUAUGGGUCAUGAACCACCACCAGGAAGAAGAAGCAGAGAAUUUUGUGCUUAUCACUGCUUCCACGGUCACACCACCAGUAACUGUCGAAAUGUGCAGAAAAUAAUACUAAGAAUGAUCGAUCAAGGUAAGCUAAACCAUUUCCUAAUACCACAACAACAGAAUUUACCACCACCACUAGAAGAGCAGGCGUCAGGUAUGAAGACUAGAAAGAAGACAUAUCUGAUUGAAGUGGGAGCAAAGGCAAAGAAUUUAUAUCGUAACUCAAUACUACACUCAUUUAGAAGCAUAAAAGACUUUCACGAUAAUGUCUUAAGUCGAGUUUACGCAAGAGACAAUGAUGGAAAAGAGAUACUCAACCUGGAAAAAAUAUCACCACUGAAGGAUUGGCAGAGGCAACCAAUUUUAUUCAAUGCAGAAGAAGCACUAGGGGGCGGAGAAAUGCAUGAGAGUCCAUUACUGGUCAAACCGGAGAUCAACCCAAAAGCAAAGACUGAUGAAGAGGAAGAUGAUGACGCAGACGCAUGGGCAAUAAAUAUGAUAUUAAUAGAUCCUGGCAGCUCAGUUGAUAUACUGUUUUACCAUACUUACAAGACUAUGGGCAAAAGAGAUGAUGAACUCAUCCCAUCAACUUACAAGAUUUAUGGUUUCAAUGGAUCAGUCAACAAGCCAAAAGGAGAAAUAACAAUGUGGAUCCCACUCAAGAGCAUAACCAAAGAAAUAGUAUUCUGCAUAGUUGAUGUAGAGUCUCCAUAUAAUGCCUUGAUAGGCAGACCAUGGAUACACAACAUUCUGGGAGUGGCUUCAACUUUUCAUCAAUGCAUCAAAUUUCCUUUGCCUCAAGGCGUAGGAAUAAUAAGAGGGGAUCCAAUCGAGGGAAAAACUGUCAUGAGAUUGAUGUCGAUGAAAGUGAAGAACGCGCGAAUAAGCGAAGAGACUGGAAAAAGGAGAUACGAGAAGGAAAGCGAUGUGAAAGAUUAA